GAGAAGGGAAACACCGGGAGAGACCAGUUUGGCAUCUCUCUUCCCCGAUGGGGCCACCUGUCCCUGAUGCUCCGUGGGGCUCGGGUUAGCCCAGAGGACGGGAGGAAAGAGCGCCAUGGCCGGCAGCAGGCAGGGCUGGGUCAGCGGGAGGAGGGCAGGACGGUGAUGCCAGGAGAGGCCCCGUCACAGCUCUGAGCCCCUGCCCUGCUUCCUGGGAAACCCUGACCACAGGGCUGGGCUGACAUCCCAGGAGCCCCCGCAGGGGUCAGAGAGGGAGGUCAGGUGGCUCCAGCUCAGUGAGUGGACGGCCAUCCUGUGGGCCUAGCUGGGAUGUGGGUGGCGAGGGGAGGUGAAGGGGGUGAUCCCCAGGGGGGCCCCAUGACUUGGGUUCCUCCUGCCUGUGCCCACAGACGUCUGAUGGACAUAAACACCUUCGAGGAAAACUUCCGUGACAAAAAGAGGAAAACAUACCUGUGCUACAAGGUGGAGGUCCGGGAGGGCGACCCCUGGACCCCAGUGCUGGAGCACUGGGACUACCUGCGCAACCAGGGUGCAGACACACCCUGGUUACCCCGCCAUCAUGCAGAGUUGUGCUUCCUGGAUCUGUUCCCUUCUUGGCCCCUGGAUCAGGAGAAGCAGUACAGACUCACCUGGUACAUCUCCUGGAGCCCCUGCCCUGACUGUGUCCCAGAGCUGGUUGAAUUCCUGAAGAAGAACAGCCACGUGAGCCUGCGCAUCUUCGCUGCUCACGUCUAUACCUACAUCCAUGGGCUGCGUGACCUGCGGGACGCUGGGGCUCAACUGGCCAUCAUGACCCGCAAUGAGCUCCAGGACUGCUGGGACACCUUCGUGGACAGCCAGGGCCAGCCGUUCGAGCCCUGGCCUAACAUGGACGAACACAUACAAGAAGAAUCUCAGCAGCUGCAGACCAUUCUCAGGAAUCCGGAAAACUGAAGCACGGACGUCGUCUCUCUAAGCAUGAACUUCCAUCUCUAAGUUCUUCUGCUGAACGAGGAAUAAAACACUGUCUUCAGGAAGUGAAAACGCACCAUGAGCCGCAUCUCCACC